GUGACGCCACCGCCACUUAGUGGCUAAUGGCGGUUGUUGUUAUUGUUAUAUACGCAUACAAAAUAUCAUUAUAUACAUAUUAUAUUGUUUGGAUGAUAUUUUAUUCCUCAGGAACUGGAUGGAGACUCUAAACCUUGGUGUUUUGUUUAUAAAAGAGCUCAGGUGACAUGGGAAUUCUGCUCUUUACCCACGUGUGUAACAGAUCCCGCUAUGGAGUGUGUACAGGAGUCCGGUCAGUCCUACAGAGGUACAAAGGCGGUCACACGCAGCCAUUUGAAAUGUCUACCGUGGGAUUCACCCGCCGUGUCUCAUAAGAUUUACACCGCGUGGAGAUCAGAUGCCAGAGAGCUGGGCAUCGGCAGCCACAACUUCUGCAGGAAUCCCGACGGUGACCUCGGUCCCUGGUGCCAUGCUUAUAAAGGUUUGCAGCUGACCUGGGAACUCUGUGAUGUGCCCAAAUGCCCAAAGAGACCUCCGUCGAUCACCACGCUUGGACCACAAGCCCCUACAACUAACAACAGCCAAGGUGCCUGUGGUCAGCGUGCUGAACCCCCCUCAAACUCUCUGCCUAUGUUCCGGAUACUCGGCGGUCAGGACAGUGACAUCAGAGAGCAGCCGUGGCAGGCGGCCAUCACUGUAUAUCUGCCCCACUUAAAAGCAUACAGCUUCCUGUGUGGAGGGGUGCUCAUCGACUCCUGCUGGAUUCUAUCAGCCGCUCACUGCUUUCAGGAGAAGUUUAAAGAGAAUCGUCUGCGAAUCAUUUUGGGUCGUACAUUCAGACAUCAGAACUCCAGCAGCGAGCAGAUCUUUGAUGUAGAGAAGUACUGGAUCCAUGAACAAUAUGACGAUGACACUUAUGAUAAUGAUAUAGCUCUGCUCAAGUUGAAGAGUGAGUCUGGGAUCUGUGCGGUGAACUCUCUUGAUGUGCUGCCGGCGUGUUUACCAGAACUGAACCUGGUUUUACCCGACUGGACGGAGUGUGAAAUCUCUGGUUAUGGGAAAGAGGAAGAGUUUUCUGAGUUUUUCUCUCAGAGAAUCAAACGAGGGUUCGUACAGUUGUGGCCGCAGGAUCAGUGCGUUCCCGGGAAACUGUCCGGGCGUCUAGUGAUGCCCAACAUGCUGUGUGCCGGAGACACGCGCGGUCUGGACGACGCUUGCAAGAGUUUCUUUGGGAAGCUGAAAACGUCUGUACUACACAGUGGCCCACCAGCCCCACCCAGGAGAACCGAUAACAGUUCUGAUGAAUACGGCUGGCCAGAAGGGGAAUUUGAUGAUGAAGAUACUUAUGAAGUGCCACCAUGUGAACGUCCCACUAUAAACGUCCAACCUCACCAUGUAGAGGAGAAUGUUUACUUGGGUUACCCAGACAGAACACCAAAUCCUGUUAUUCCCAAAAGGCAGGCAGCACCCCCGCCACGACCUGCCAAGAUCCCCCCAAUCGUCAAAAGCACGAAGCCGGAGCUGUCACAUGACCCAGAGGAGUUUUACAUCGACCCCAAUGAUGGUAAACCGCCUGAGGUCAUACGCAAAGAUAAACCUGGUACGAAAGCUCCACCUAAGAGACCCCCGAUGAGACCCCCACCGGUCCCUCAACAUGACGAAGAUGUUUACUUGGACCCAAAUGAAGGACAGGAUGAUGACACAUAUCUGGAACCUGUAGCAGAUUGCCCUCCUGCCCCUCGAAGUGCUGCCCGUAUGCCAAUUCCCAGAGACCCUCCACCUCCAAUAAUGAAGCCGCCUGUUCCUAGAGCCAAAUCUAGUUCAGUCUUGAUCAGUGACAGCAUGAACAAAGUUUUACCACCGGAGGUCAAACGCUACACAAUCUCUGGACAGGUGCCUCCUCUGACACUGGCCAGCAAACCAGUUCUACCCCUCAUCAUGCCCAAAGAACACAAACACAGUCCUCCGCUGCCUUCAUCUGUGGACUGCUCAGCGCCAUCUUUUGGAAUAAAGUCUGUCACGCUAACCUUUUGCCCAGGCGGGCUUCAGGACAGAGAGUGGUUUGCUGGUAUUUGUGAUCGCAAGACCGCAGAGGAAACAGUGCUCAGGUUUAAUAAGGACGGCACAUUUCUGGUGAGAUGCAGUAAUUCUCAGAGCGGCUGUCAGCCGUACACGCUGGUCGUGCUCUUCCAUCACAGCGUUUAUAACAUCCCUGUACGCGUCCUGAAUGACUCGCAUCACUACGCGCUGGGCAAAGAGGGCAAGAAGACUGAAGAGCUGUUUGUCAGUUUGCAGGAGAUGAUCUCACAUCAUAUGAAGAACCCCAUUUUACUGAUUGACCGCAAGAGUCAAGCCAAACACACCACCUACCUCUCACACCCUGUACGACCCUAAAAUACACCCCCCUCUCUC